CAAGUUCGCUCGCUGUAAACGGUCAGGGGGCGUAACAAAGCCGAACAAGACUGCUCUUCCUUCGCCAAAGAACAACUCCUACUAUCUUAUCCUUAUUCUCAGCAACAAAAGAUGGAUCGGUACCAGAAGGUGGAAAAGCCAAGAGUAGAAACACCCAUUGAUGCAAAUGAGAUUCGUAUCACCAGCCAAGGCCGCAUGAGAAGCUAUAUUACCUACGCUAUGACCUUGCUUCAGGAAAACACAUCAGAUGAGAUUGUGUUCAAGGCCAUGGGCAGGGCAAUCAACAAGACUGUGACAAUUGUGGAAUUGAUUAAGAGGAGAAUUGUUGGUCUUCACCAAAUUACUUCAAUUACAUCCACAGACAUUACUGAUACAUGGGAACCCCUUGAGGAAGGCCUCCUGCCUCUUGAAACAACCAGGCAUGUCUCAAUGAUUACAAUUACUCUUUCUAAAAAGGAGCUGGAUAAGAAUAACAUUGGGUACCAACCUCCAAUUCCAGCUGACCAGGUGAAGGUGUCCACAGAGAUUGACUAUGAAGGAGAUGGGUCACCCAAUGGUCGAGGAAGAGGUCGUGGUGGUAGAGGAAGGGGAAGGUCUAGAGGUUAUUCAGGGAAUGGCCUUAUGCCUGCUGAGUAUGAUGAUGGAGGGUAUGAUCGGAAUCGGGGCUAUGGCAGGGGCAGGGGUCGAGGCAGGGGUCGGAACUUCCGUGGGCGUGGAAGGGGAGGGUACGCUGGUGCUCUGGACACUCAGCAAGAUGCUGGUGGCUACAUCCAAGAAGCACCUGUUCAGGGCCGAGGCCGUGGACGCGGCAGGGGACCUCGAGGCAGGGGACGUGGAUUCAGACCUAAUGGGCCACCAAUCCAUGUUGCUGCGUAGAUGGUCAAACUUGGAAGCAACACAGAGAUUAUGUUCUAUGAGUGCCUGCUCCGUUUUCAACGUUUUUCUUUCAUUUGUUCGUAUUAACUUUAGGUUAUUUUGAUAAUGUAAUCAGUGUAGACUAGUAUUAGAACUUAUUACCACCCACCUUGUGGUGAGCAUUUUUGUUUUCCUUCAGAUCCUUCUUUUUCUUUCAAGUAGGCUAGGUGCUUUGAUCAAGUGUAAUUUCAAUAGCGAGCAGCACAUUCUUUUAUGUGUUUGUCCAGGUAUUCAGUGUUGACUUCAUUCCCAAGUACUGCCAAUAAUACCCUGUUUACUGUAUCUGCUUCUAUACAGCCAUCAGCUUUUAUUA